GUUUGUUCAUCCUGUGCACGACAGUUUGUCCCCCGUAUGAUACACGUGUAUGCGCCCGUCUACCUCUUAUUCCACGGUAGCCACUGAGGUGAGGAUCAUCUGCAAUCGCCUGUUCAAGUUGCUAUUAGAUGAAUCCGGUGAGUCGACCACUGUUAUUACUCCCGCUGAUGCCCACACUACAGAACCGCUCACUCCACCCCAGGUCCAUUCAGGCCGACAGACAGGCUCACUAUUCAUAUUCAGGUUCUGGCUCCGAUAUUGAAUGUGCUGUCUAUUCAUGACAAUUGAUGAACUCUGACUUGAAGUUUGAAUAGCUCUAGUGUAUCAAGCAGUUCUUGUCUGAACCACCGAAUCUGAUCCGACCACCCUGGCCCUCCCAGCUCCACAUACUGCGGUCGUACCCUC